GGCUUCCUGGGAAGAAGACGAAGAAGAAGCCAGUCGACGUUGGGCCGUUGGACGCGUCGGUCGGGGUGCAGCACAACCGUUGAAAGUCGCCUGCGUCGGCAGCCAUGAUGGACGAAGAGAUAAUGGAGGACCGGACCAAGCUGAAGGACGGCAUGGUGAAGGUCCUCCAGUGCGUGGCCACCAUCUCGUCGGCGGCGGCCGUGGUCAACCCCAUCUUCGGCGUGGCGGGCUCCCUGAUCCGCGUGGUCCUGCACCACAUCGACGACGAGGACAUCCGCACGCUCAAGCGCGAGUUCGGCUCCGUCAACCGGGCCCUGGACGAGCUCUCCAACAAGAACCGCCAGGCCCUGGUGGCCAUCCAGAAGGAGACGCUGGACAGCCAGUACGCCUCGGUGGAGGAGAACCUCAAGAGCCAGUUCCGAAAGUUCAUGGAGCUGGUGGAGGUCAAGCCGGAGCACAGCGAGCGCAAGAAGGAGGACUUCAUCCAGAGCUACGGCAACGACCUGGGGGACCAGAACCUCCACACGCUCUACGACGGCGUGGUGGGAAAACCCAAACUCUUCAGCCGGCCCAUCCUGGAGGUGUACCUGAAGCACUCUGGGGGCGACCGUCGGGCGAUGGAGCGCCUGUGCACGCGCCUCACCUACUUGUUCUGCAUCGGGCUGAUCGCCCUGAUGGGCUACGCCGCCGUCAUCGGCGACGACGACGCCGGCCUGAGCGAGGAGUGGGCCGAGAAGAUGGAGAACGUGCAGGACAAGAUGCAGCAGGCGCUGCGCAUGUGCCGCUGAACGGGCCCCAAAGGGGCGUCCCGCGUGACCCGACGUUACCCGACGCACUACGUAUAUGACAGACGUCCGGGACCGCUUGGCGGUUUUCGUUGUCGGACGUUUUGGGAUAGCCAAAGCUUGUUUUGAUUUGCGAUGUCUCCUUCAAUAUUUCAUCCAUUUAUUAAAAGUCAUGAAAAUAUAAUUUGGCUUGGAGGGGGGUAUACAUAUUUCUUAUUUUACCCUCAAUGCGGUUCCUCCCCUCCUGCAAAAAAAAAAAAAAAAAAAAAACACAAACAUGUUACAUGACGCAACAUUACCACGAUUGAGUUGGGCAGAAAAAAAAAGUCGUCAGAUCGGGACUUAAUUCUUCCAUUUAAAAAAAAAAAAAAUCUGCUGUUCAAUUUGGUGAGACAUUGAUAGAAAUCAAACAGCGGUUUAAAAUUAGGUUUUUUUUUUGUUUGUUUUUUGCAUACGAUCAUACGUCGUACUACCAAACAAUUGCCAUUGUAUUUUUUUUUCCCCCUCAUUUUUUUUUUUUUUUUUUUUUUUUUUUUUUUGGUAAAAUCUAUUUUGGAUUCUAAAAUUCCAGAUAGCAUUAAAUUAAAAAAAAAAAAUUAUGACGUGACACCAAUGUCAAGAAAACAUCUAGAAAACAGAAAUGUUUGAAAAAAAAAAAUCCAACUGUAGCAUCAUAAAUUUAAAAUUCCCUAAUUGCACACCAAUUUGUCGUUGUCUAAAUCAUGAAAUUGAGAUGACCCAAAUGAUUCUUAUGUUGCAAUUUUUACAGGGAAAAAAGACAAUUGUGGAUUCAGACAAAUUUACAGAAAAGAUUUAACAUUUUCUCAAGUACAUUUUUUUUGUUCUAUUCCACAUGAAAAGUUGGUGGACCAAUUACAUUUUUUAAACUAUUAUUCUCGUUUGUUUCUUGUCAAAACUUUUUUGAUGCAAUUGUAGUGUUGCCUUCCUUUUGUAAAUUUGCUAUUCCAUUUUUUUGGGGUUUUUUCUCCUUUGACGAUGUUUCCAACUGUACUGUCGACUUCCUUCUUCCUGUUCUGAUAUUUUGCAUAUUUUCAGUGUGGGCGGUUGUUGUUGGUUCAAAUAUUUUAGUUGUGAGGAGAAGCGGGAUGGGAAACGGAUGCUUUCUUUUUGUGUUUUUAAUUUUCGUUUAUUUGUGAACUUGUGCGUGUACUUAAUGUUGCUCAUGCGAAUACUGAGAAGCUGCUUGAAAGUUUGUCUUUCCACCCAAAAACAGAAAAAACACUAAAUGUUGUUACACUCGUUUUCAGGACAGUUCGCGACACUGAGACUUGACCGACACUAGAAAGGAAAUAUAUAUUUAAAAAAAAAAAAAAGCACUUCCUUAUUUUGCAAAAGCUUUAUAAGACUUAAAAAAUAAAUAAAAAUGGGCGUUGAAGCUCAUUUUUGGUCAUACGAGCACUUUAAAAGCAAAGCAACAGUACCAAUUUUUUCUUUCCCCAGCCAGCGGUGCCUCAAAUGUUUAUAUAGUUUAUUAUUUUUCUUUUUUUUUUUUACACAAUAUGGUUGCUCAUGCUCUGAUUGGAAAGUUGUUGCCCUCAACACGACAUCACAGGCGGUGUAAAAGCAUGCCGGGUGUGUGUGUGUAUACAUAUUUAUAUAUGCGCACGUUGCUAUGAUUGUUUUUUUUUUUUUUUUUUUUUUUUUGCAUGUUUUG